UUUUUAUCUUCACAUUCAUUGUAUUUUCUCCUCAGCUCCGUCUCGUACCCUCCGCUUCUUCUGCCUCCUCGGCUGUCGUUGCUCGCUGGAUCGAAGCUCGAGAAGACCAGACUUUUCUACACUCUUCUUAUCCGUUUCGACGCGGGAAUGGAAUGCGGUGGAAGGGCGGCUAACUGAGGAUCAGUUUUCUCGGCUUGAAAGAGACGAGGGAAGAGCGAUUGCGGCUGUUCUGCGGGGUCUGGAUGUCUUGGUUGGAUUCUUUUAGUUCUUUUGUUUUGGAUUAGAAUGAGAUCGAGCAAGCGGUUUGAGGAGGUGGAUGCACAGCUUAAUUUUGCGGGGAAGAAAUGGUUUUAAGAGCGCGAUCGUCGGAUUUUGAAGCGGAUAGUUGGUUUCCGGGUUGAUGCUACUGAUCAGUGUAACUUUGGAAGAGCGAGGGAUUAGCUGGCUCACGAAGGGAAUUCGAGGACUGAGAAUUAGGUAUAUGGUAGUUUUUCGAGUGAUUUUGGAUAUUUAGUGGGUUUUUGUAUGUAAAUGGAUUGAAUGAAGUUCCCUCCGAUCAAAUGUUGAGAGCAUUGUGCCAUGGCUUGCUGUUUAUGUUACUUAUGCUUUCUGCUUCCGCCAUUGAGGUCGGAUAUCCCCGCUGCAAUUGUGAAAUUGACGGCGUCUUGAGUGCUGAAGGUAUUCUUCAAUGUCAGAAAGUGAGCGACUUCUUGAUUGCGGCGGCGUACUUCUCCAUACCUCUUGAGCUCUUAUAUUUCGCAACUUGCUCGGAUCUAUUCCCUUUUAAAUGGAUCGUCUUCCAGUUUGGAGCCUUCAUUGUGCUAUGCGGACUUACGCAUUUGCUCAAUGUGUUCACAUACGAGCCUCACUCAUUUCUCCUGAUGCUGAGCCUCACCAUAUCCAAGCUCCUCACUGCACUUGUGUCCUUUGCUACAGCAAUCACUCUCUUAACUUUGAUCCCUCAGCUUCUGAGAGUGAAGGUGAGGGAAAAUUUUCUGAGAAUAAAAGCUCGGGAACUGGAUAGGGAAGUUGGAAUGAUGAAGAGGCAAGAAGAAGCAAGUUGGCACGUCAGAAUGCUGACUCAUGAGAUUCGGAAGUCCCUUGAUCGGCAUACUAUCCUCUACACAACUUUGGUUGAGCUUUCAAAAACUUUGGGGCUUCAGAACUGUGCAGUAUGGAUGCCAGAUGAAGGCAGGAAAGUUAUGAUUUUGACCCAUGAGUUGAGACAAAGACGCACGAUAGAAUUGUACGAGCAAUCUAUCCCCAUUGAUGAUCAAGAUGUAGUAGAAGUUAAUGAAUCACAAGGUGUAAGAAUACUCAGACCAGAUUCUUUGCUUGCAUUGGCAAGCAGUGGUGGAGAUCCUGAAUCAGGAUCUAUAGCUGCAAUUAGGAUGCCAAUGUUGAAUGUGUCCAGUUUUAAGGGCGGGACACCGGAGCUAGUCCAAGCUUCUUAUGCUAUAUUAGUUCUAGUUCUACCUAGGGAUAAUUCUAGGGUUUGGAGCUGCCAUGAGUUGGAGAUUAUUGAAGUAGUUGCCGAUCAAGUUGCUGUUGCUCUAUCUCACGCCGCUGUGCUGGAAGAAUCACAGUUAAUGAUGGAUAAACUCACUGAACAGAAUAGAGCUUUGCUGCAAGAGAAGAAGAAUGCCCUGAUGGCAAGUGAAGCGAGAAAUUCUUUCCAAAGAGUCAUGAGUCAGGGAAUGAGAAGGCCAAUACACUCCAUUUUAGGGUUGUUAUCCAUGAUGCAACUGGAAAAUUUGAGUUCCGAACAAAAACUUAUCAUCAACACAAUCAUGAAAACGAGCGGUGUUGUUUCAACAUUGAUAACCGAUGCAUUGGAAAUAUCGAAUAUCAACAGUGAGAGAUUGACAUUGGAGAUGAAACCAUUUCAUCUCCAUUCUAUGAUCAAGGAGGCUGCUAGUGUUGCGAGGUGCCUUUGUGAUUGUAGAGGAUUUGGAUUUGGGGUUCAGGUUGAUAAUGGUGUGCCUGAUAGUGCUUUUGGGGAUGAAAAGAGAAUUUUUCAUGCCAUACUCCAUAUUGUUGAUAAAUUGUUGAGUGGAUAUGAUGAGGGAUUUGUUAGUUUUCAAGUUCAAUCCUGUAAUGAGGCCCAAGAUGGUCAAGAUCAGGAAUGGUUGACAUGGAGAUCAAACUUUCCUGGUUUUUCUGUGAAGUUUGAGAUUGGGAUUAGAAAUCCUGACUGUAGUGAGCCAAGUUCUUCUGUUCCACAAGCUUGGAGACUCAAUAGUGAGGGCUAUGACAUGGGCCUCAGUUUCACUAUGUGCAAAAAACUUGUGCAGAUGAUGCAUGGUGAUGUCUGGGUAAUCCCCAACUCCAAAGGUUUUCCAACAAGCAUAAAACUAGUCCUUCACUUCCAACAACACCCACUCACCCCCGUCUCCGAGCUCAGCACAUCAGCGGCUCACCCGCACGGCUCCACCCCAAACUUCAAAGGCCUCCGAGUCCUCCUCGCAGACGACGAUGACGUCAACAGAGCUGUCACGCGAAAGCUCCUCGAGAAACUCGGCUGCACCGUCACUUCCGUCUCAUCCGGAACUCAUUGUCUCAGCUCUCUCAGCAGCUCCGGCACUCUCUACCAGCUCGUGCUCCUCGAUCUUCACAUGCCCCAAAUAAACGGAUUCGAAGUAGCGACGAGGAUUCGGAAGCUGAGAAGCCGGUCGUGGCCGGCGAUCGUCGCUCUGACAGCGAGCACAGAAGAGCACGUGUGGCAGCGGUGCUUGCAAGCCGGCAUGAACGGCCUGAUUAGGAAGCCGAUCAUGCUCCAGGCCAUGGGAGACGAGCUAUAUAGAGUUCUUCACAAUACUUAGAACAGGGAUGAUAUAUACAAGUCAUGUCAGAUUUUGGUUGAUGCAAAAUGUAUACAGAUUGUGGUUUAGUGAUUCAUUUAUGUUGAGGGGAUCACAUUUGGAAAAAAAUGGAAAGCAUUGAAUGGGGAUAAUUGUUCCAUUUAGUUAAUUAGUUUUGAUUAUAUGGUCUAUA